AUGCUCAGGGCCAUCUCCUGUUGUUUUGGAGGGUUCACAGACCCGGUCGACGACCGAGAUGUCUCCCAGCAGACCCCUAUCUCCCUCUACCAGCAGACCCACCCACCAGCAGCCCAACAGAGCCAGCCUCCUGUCUCCAAGCAGACCCAGGAUGUCGUCGCCCAAUCUGCUGACACUCAACCCCAGACCCCUGUUUCCCAGCAGCCAAAGUUCCCUCCUCCGCCCGAUCCGUUUGGCCCUUGGCUCCAUCCCGUCGAGUGUCUCAUCAACACUGCUCGCGAUGAACCCGAUGCCCUUCUGAUCAACACUUACGAGAACGCCUAUUCGGUCGCCCAGGCCCUCAAGGCUCUGCCUGGCUGGAGCGACGACGGCCACGAGGCCAUCGGCACCUUCUGUGAGGCCGAAUCCAGCUGGGCGAUCGACUCGCUCGCCGUGUGGAUGCUUGGCAAGAAAACACUCAACCUUGCCCUCAACCUGCCACCUGCAGCCCGCAGGGCCCUGUGCGAGAGGUUUGUGCUGGUUGCUAUCGUGAGGAUGAGCAGGCUGGUUCCUGCAUCCUGGGUUGAGCCAGCUUCUCUUCUGGGCUGGUCGACUGAGAUCCUGACACUCACAUCGCCACCAACCGACAGACAUGCGAUCAAGUACAUCCUCCACCACCACACCAAGCCCGGCCGCACCGAAGGCGUGACCCUGGUCGAUGCUGCCACCUUCCCGGUGUUGGACGACAUUCCAUCACCGACUCUCGAUAUCUGUGAGCCCCUUGAUGAGUUUAUUGCCUUUAUGGCAACCUCCGGAACAACUGGCAUUCCGAAGACAUACAAGUUCCCUCAUACUGGUGCAAUCUCUGGCCGAGGCGCUCUGGGACUCGAGUAUGCACCUUCGUUCGGUGCAACAAUCAUCUCAAUGCUUUGCGUCUUGAGCCUCAAAGGAUCCAUUUGGUUUCCCGAGCCCACACCCAAUACUGUGGACAAUGUCAAGAGCAUCAUCAGAAUGCUUAACGAUGGUCUGUGGCAUUUGUAUAUGACGCCCUCACUCAUGAAGUUGAUCAUCAGUGUGGCUCGAAUUCAGAAUCCGAAUGUCAAGUGGAAUGAGAUGAGAAAGAUCGGUUUGGGCUCCGAGUUUGUUCCUGCGAACGUCGUCCUACAGGUCAAGAAGGCAUUUCCUAAGGCCGAAAUCAUGUCUGCAUAUGUCUCGAGCGAGCCUGGAGUUCGCUGUAUCCUCUUUGACGAGGAGGGCAACAUUGUCGACCAGAGUGUCUCGAAGAGCGGCGUGCUUGGCUUUGCUGUCGACAAGGAUCAUCCCAUCAAGGAUCACCCGAGCUUUGUCAGUGCAAAUCCGAAUGACAGGCUUGCUACGUUCGGCUUCCUCGAGGAUGGCUCUCCCCGUGUCUGCACCAUGGACUGGGUCGAGAUGGUUGGCGAGAAGCAGUUCACUGUGGUUGGAAGAUUUGACCAGAAGAUCAAGGUCAACGGUGUCUAUGUCGACCUCAACGCCCUCGAGGAGCUGGUUUACAAGCACAUGCCUGAUACCAUCACAGACUGUACCUUUAUCCAAACCUCCGAGAAGGAGAUCGUGAUGCUCUACGUCGUUCGAAAGGGAUCGGGCUUCAAAGUAACCCCCAGCGAGAUGAUCCGCCGCACCGAGGAGCUAUUUACCCUCGAGAACGUCGCCAAGUUCCCGAUCCACAACCGCGACCUCAAGAAGCUCAGGCGUUUCGCCGAGCAUGCCGAGUACUUUGGCGAGUCGAUCUCCACACUUGGCAGCCAGAUCAUCGACAACCCCGCCCUCGACGGCCGCAACUACUACAUCGGCGGUGUCGGCUUUGACUCGCUGAGUGUCGGCCGUCUGGCCCUCGCCAUCAAGGACGAGCUGGAUGUUGAGAUCUCACCGAUGAUCUUGCUGUCGAACGGAAUGACGCCGCUCGAUGUCGCCCAGUUGGUCGUCGACAUCCUCGACGACAAACCGAUGAUUCCCCCGAUUGUUGAUCUGGCUGCCGAGGCCGCCAAGCUCGACGAUGCGAGUGUGACGGCCGAGGGUCUCCCUCCGUUUGUCUAUCCCAAGGACCCUCGCGGCAUCGUCCUGACCGGUGCCACUGGCUUCCUCGGUGCCUUCCUGGUCUUUGAGCUGGCCCACAAGUUCCCUCGGGCCAAGAUCUACUGCCUGGUCCGAGCCCCGACCGAGCAGGUGGCUGUCGAGCGCAUCAUCAGCACGGCUCAGAAGCUGGUCCUCGAUCCGAGCCAGAGAGCCUUCCUUGACCACAGCCUCAAGUCUCGACUCGUUGGACUGUGCGGCGAUCUGUCGCAGGACAAGUGGGGACUCUCGGACGAGCGAUGGAAGGAGAUCAGCGAGGAGACCGACAUGAUUGUCCACAACGGCGCCGAGGUCCACUGGCUGUUUGACUAUGACAGACUCAAGGGACCCAAUCCGCUGCACUACAUCUCGACCAUCGGCACGAUCCCGAUGGCCAAGAAGGCAGACAAGCCGCUCGAGGAGAAGAUCUACUCGGCCUGGAACAUCUCUGGCGGGUAUGGCCAGACCAAGUGGGUCUCUGAGCAACUGAUCAACAAGGCACGAUCGAGGGGAGUGCCGGUGACGAUCAUUCCGCCCAGCCGUCAUUGCUGGCGACAGCCAGUACGGAGAUUGUCCAACUCUGAUGACUACAUCUGGCGAUAUGUCAAGGGAUGCAUCCAACUCGGUGUUGCUCCGUCGUAUGCCACUCCCGUCACCUUGACCAUGGAUCCCGUCGACCAUGUCGCCAAGGUGGUUGCCGAGAUUGCCGGCUCGGAGGAGUCCCUGUCCAAGUUUGUGUUCCACAUCAGCGACUCGGAGCACAGUGUCCUCUCCGAGACCAAGCUGUUUGAGAUUGUCAAUGCCUUUGGCUGGCCCGUCCUCUUUGAAACUCGUGAAAAGUUCAAGUAUAUUCUUUCCACCAACCCCUUGUUUGACCAAAAUGCCCUGUCCCCGCUCAUGCACAUGAUGAUGGACAUGUCCUUCAAGCUCGACAACGCCAACACCCGCUCGAUCUACCCAACGCCCUGUCCCUCGACUGUGCUGAUCGCCAAGAAGUGUCUCAGCUACUUGAACCACGCCCACUUCCUUCCCAACCCCAUCCAGCCGUCGAGCGAGCUCAAGGACGACGAGUAUCCCGAAGUCAGCAUCUUCACCCGCACCGGCCGCAACUGA